ACGACUGCACAUAUAAAAAAACAGUUCAUUCGUUCUUUUACCACAGGCCUUCGACGAAAAAAAAAACAUUUUAAACAUCGUGAAAAAAUUUGUAUUGCUUUCAUCAUUAUUGAACCGUAAUUUGUGUUUGGUGGCGUAAUUCGUAUAAUACUGUUUAUUUGAAGUGCUGUCAAAGAGUUGUGUUUUGAAAAUAGUGAAAGAAAAGCAACAAACGUAUCAAUUGCAAUUAGUUUGCAUUCGAUUGAAAGGUCAGAAAUUAUUUGAAGGAAGAAGAAGAAAAACAGAACAUCAAAUUUACAGUCGAAAAAGAAAUCAUUUGUCCGUUUUGAAAACAUGGCUGCCGAUAUAGCUCGCGCCAGAGCCGCGGAACUGGAUAAAAUAUGGGGCAAGUUAAAGGCGGGUAUUACGCAAAUUUUCAAUCGAGAGCCCAGUCUAACCAUGGCUCAGUAUAUGGACUUAUAUACGCUCGUGUAUAACUACAGUACCACCGACAUCAAGCACAACAGAAAUAACACAAAGUCAUUAAAAGACAUAAAAAUAAAUGGCCAUGCAGCGAUGCUUGGUAACGAACUUUAUAAUCGGCUAAAUGAUUUUCUUGAGAAAUAUCUGACCAAGGUGAUGAAGAGUGCCUAUAAUUUAGAGGAAGAAGAAAGGGCGUUGGCAUUUUUCACCACAAAAUGGGUUGAAUUUCGUUUUUCCAGUCGUGUACUGAAUGGUGUUUGCGGUUACGUUAAUCGUCAAUGGGUGCGUCGCGAAUGUGAGGAAGGCCGAAAAGACAUUUUCGAAGUGUAUCAGGUGGCAUUGAAUAUAUGGCAGAAACGUCUCUUCAAAAAUUUUCACAAAAAAGUUACAAAUGCCGUACUUAAACUGAUCGAACGUGAACGUAAUGGUGAAACGAUUGAUUCCCGUCUCAUAUCCGGUGCAAUCAGUUGCUAUGUUGAAUUGGGAGUAGAUGAAGAUUACCCGAUGGGACCCAAACAAGUUUUGGAUAUUUACAAGAAGAGCUUUGAAAGUUUAUUUUUACAGGACACCGAACAUUUUUAUGCAGCUGAAAGUAUUGAAUUCCUUAGACAAAACUCAGUUACCGAGUAUAUGAAACGCGUUGAACAACGUUUGAACGAAGAAGCAAAACGUGUCCAAGUUUAUUUGCACGAAAACACACUCACCAGGUUACGUAUGACUUGCGAACAUGUUCUCAUCGAAAAACACAUGGAUAUCUUACGUACUGAGUUUCAGAAUCUACUGAACUUGAACAAAAAUACUGACUUAGCUCGUAUGUACUCGCUGGUGUCUCGCGUCAGCGAUGGAUUGAACGAACUCAAAGAUGCAUUGAAAGAAUACAUCCAAAAACAAGGUCUGGAAGUGAUUGCCCAGUGUGCUGAAGCUGCUAUAAAUGAUCCAAAAGUAUAUGUACAAACCAUACUUGGUGUUCAUAAAAAGUACAAUGCUCUCGUAUCGGUAUCUUUCCAAAAUGAAACCGGAUUUGUGACUGCUCUUGACAAGGCAUGUGAAAAAUUCAUAAAUUCAAAUGCGGUAACAACGGCCGGCAAAAGUUCAAGCAAAAGCCCGGAACUAUUGGCAAGAUACUGUGAUUUAUUGUUGAAAAAAUCGAGUAAGAAUCCUGAAGAAGCCGAACUUGAAGACACACUCAAUCAGAUCAUGGUUGUAUUUAAAUAUAUUGAGGACAAAGAUGUAUUCCAAAAGUUUUACAGCAAAAUGUUGGCAAAACGUUUGGUGAAUCACACAUCGGCUUCAGACGAUGCCGAAGCAUCGAUGAUUUCAAAAAUGAAACAGGCCUGCGGUUAUGAAUACACAGUCAAAUUACAACGAAUGUUCCAAGACAUUGGCAUUUCCAAGGAUCUUAAUGAAAAAUUUAAAACGAAACUCAAAUCGGACGGCGUGCCAAGUGAAAUCGAUUUUAGCAUUCAAGUGCUGUCAAGUGGCUCAUGGCCAUUUACUCAAGGAAUAAAUUUUUCGCUGCCAUCCGAGCUUGAAAGAUCAGUUCAAGAUUUCAAUAUAUUUUAUGUCGAUCUUCAUUCGGGUCGCAAACUUCACUGGCUGUAUAAUAUAAGCAAAGGUGAAAUUGUCUCAAAUUGCUUCAGAAAUCGAUACACAUUACAGGCAAGUACCUUUCAAAUGGCGGUGUUGCUGCAGUUUAACGAACAAACCAGCCUAACGGUACAACAACUCGGCGAAAAUACUGGUAUUGCUCAAGAAUAUUUGAUCCAAGUCUUGCAAAUUCUCUUAAAAGCAAAAUUGCUUACAUGCUCAGAUGAUGAAAACAGCUUGAACGUUGCAUCAGUCAUUCACCUAUAUUUGGCAUACAAAAAUAAAAAAUUACGCGUCAACAUAAACAUGCCGCUUAAAGCCGAACAGAAGAUCGAACAGGAGGCCACGCAUAAGCACAUCGAAGAAGAUCGAAAAAUUUUGAUACAGGCAGCUAUUGUGCGUAUUAUGAAAAUGCGUAAAGUGCUCAAUCAUCAAAACUUGGUCGGUGAGGUGCUCACACAACUUGCAUCACGAUUCAAGCCCAAAAUUCCUGUCAUCAAGAAAUGUAUCGACAUUCUCAUCGAAAAGGAAUACUUGGAACGAAAAGAAGACCAAAAGGACACCUACACCUAUUUGGCAUAAUUUUACACAAACUUUCAACUAAAAGUAGUCGAAAAGUUCAUUUAGGCAUCAUUCAUACCAGAAACACUCCAU